AUGGAAGAUCCCAUCCUCAUCAGCAAGCGUGCUGAAAGUGCGGGUCAAGUCACCGUCGACAGCACCCGUACCUCCCUCAACGGCUUUGGCGUCUUUGCCAUCAUCGUCUUCGCCGUCGUCUCUCUUAUUGUCAUUCACCCGAUACGCAUUCCGAUACCCGCUCCGAUUGCAAGCUUCCUUCGACAAAACGGUCGCAAGAUCUGGCUGGCAUUGGCAGGACCACCCGACGCUGACGAGCAAGAGAAGGAUGCAGUCGAACGCGAGCUCGGCCAGGACGAGCGUAACGAUCGACGACCGAUGCAUCUCACCAUCGACCACGUCUCCGCACCUGUGAUCGGCGUGAUCGUUCUGCUCGCAACGACGACUAUUGGUGGAGAACAGGUCAGGCAGGGCAUCGUGGGCGAAGACGGCAUCGAGCCAUACGAUGUCUUGGCGCUCUUCAUCUCCCUUGCCUACAUUGCCAUCAGCCUCGACGCUACAGGCCUACUUCGCUUCCUCGCCUUUCUCAUCUGUCUCAAGGCUGGUCGAAAGGGCAAAGAGGCAAAGGGGAAGACGCUCUAUCUGCUCCUCUACUUUUUCUUCUGGGGCGCCGGCGUGCUGGUCGGUAAUGAUCCCGUCAUUCUUUCAGGAACCGCCUUCUUGGUCUACUUCACCCGCGUAGCUGGUAUCAGCCCACCGGACGCCUGGAUCUGGGCCGAGUUCGUUGCCGCUAAUAUCUCCUCUGCUGUGCUGGUCAGUUCCAAUCCUACGAACCUGGUCAUCGCUACCGGAUUCGAUGUCAACUUCAUCACCUACACCGCCUACAUGGUGCUGCCUGCUUUCGGCUCUGCUGUAGGAGGACUUUGUGCGAUGAUGAUCUAUUUCAGGAAUCGAGAAGACGGGGGGAAGUCUAAGGACGAAGACGAAGCGGGAGGCGAAAAGUCCACGAUAAGAAAGAUCGCAGAGAGCGUCCCCGUCAUCGGGAGCCGUAUCCGCAAUCAAGCGGAGGGUGCUCAGAUCCGACAACGCUCCUCGGCGCCGCUCGAAACCAUCGGCAAUGGCGCUGCCGCUACUCCGGAUCGUCCAUACGCCAACAACACCGCCAAUGGCACGACACCAGCAUCUGAAACCAAUUCCAUCGCACCCAUUGCCCCGAAAAAGAAACGCAAGCAGCCGCUCAUCUACAUCCCCGAGACCAUCAUCCGACCGGACGUCGACCCCCGCGCUGCGCUCGUGGACAAGACGGGCGCCAUCUUUGGCAGCAUUGUCAUGGCGGCUACGCUAGCGACGCUGGUGGGCACCUCAGUCAUCGGCGGAGUCAAAGUGUUCGAAGUUGCGGUACCAGGAGCGGUGUUGUGCUUUGUCAGAGACGGCGUGGCGGACUGGCUGAGAUGGCGCAAGUCGCGGCUAGAGAAGAGCAAGCCGGAGGAGGCGGGCGAAGGGUCAGUGGACAGUGGAGUCGCGCCACAAGCUGGAAACGAGGACAACGCGAACGGCACAGUCGAUGUCAAAUCCAAGCAAGCUGCCAAGGAGGUAGAGGAGAUCGAACUCAAGACGCUGCCCGCUGCUGCGGACGGUAGCGCCUCUCGUGCUGAGCCCUCGUCUUCCUCCUCCACGGCCACUGCAACGGCUCCUGCCCCCGCACGCAGUCGCAACCUUCUCCGGCGACUCAUUCACUUCCACCACCGCCUCACAGUCAUCUUCCCCACCGUAACCAUCGUGCUGUCCCGCUUGCCCUUCCCGCUCCUCCCCUUUGCGUUCAGCAUGUUCAUCCUCGUCCAAGCCCUGGCGCACGUUGGGUUCAUCAACAUCCUCUCCUCGGGUCUCGGCCGCGUCUGCUCUUCCGGCUACGUCCCCACCGCCUUCUUCAUCUCGUUCCUCGGCAUUGUCCUCUGCAACAUCGGAGGCACCAACAUCGGCGCCACCAUCCUCCUCACCAAAUCGGUGCGGUCGCCCUACUUCGCAGCCAGGAUAGCACAUCUGUCGACCAACGAUCAGCAGUUGAUCGAGAAGGUCGCCCAGUACUCGAUUGCGUUCGGAAGCAAUGUCGGCGCGCUGGGCGGCACGUUUGCGGCCAGUCUUGCGGGAUUGCUGUGGUUGGGCGGGCUGAAACAGGGAGGAAUCAGGGUCAGGGCGGGACAGUUCUUGAGAUGGUGCGCUGUGGUUGUGGGGCCGAGUACCGUCAUCGGGAUCGCGAUCAUUGUUGCUGAAGUCAGAUACUUUCAUGUCAGCGCUUAG